AUUGCCUAUACAUUGCCUAGGUACAUUAUCUCUCAGCGCCAUGCCGUCUGCAAGCCCCGAACGGACCCCCGUUCCCGCCACACCUGGCAGCACACUAGCCCGGCGCCCACCCUGUCCUCCACCCUGGCACCCUGGCUUCGCCCACUGCCCUCGCUCAGCCUGCCCGUCUUAUUAUUAAAGACCCUGCACCAACCACCCCGGCCCACCACCGCAGCACCACAGCACCGUCGUCUCUCACCCGCGACCUCGACGUCCCACGCGACACUCCGGUAGCAGCACUGCAGCGACACCUGAGCUUGCAGCGCCCGCCGCGCUUCUUUUGCGCCUCUGCACCGUUCGCGCUUUCCGCCCGCCAAAAUGGUCGUCGACGACGACGGCUACGGCACCGAGAAGAGUUUCGGGAGGGACUCGCAAAAUUCGGGCUAUUAUGGCGAGUCAUCAGUGCAUAGAGACGGGCUCGGGAGGAGGAUGUUGGACAGCUUCAAGCGGGAUCCGAGUAUGGCGAUGACGCCCAAGGGCAGCAUGGGCGCCGACGGCAAGGUGUUCGAUGUCGAGAGUGCCGCAGCAAAUACAGCCAGUUCACCACUCGCGAGAAGACUGAAGGGCCGGCAUUUGCAGAUGAUUGCCAUUGGAGGCUCAAUAGGUACGGGCUUGUUCGUGGGCUCAGGACAAGCGCUUUCCCAAGGCGGGCCGGCAUCGCUCGUCAUAGCAUACUGUCUAGUCGGCAUCAUGCUCUACUGCACCGUCCAUGCGCUCGGCGAAAUGGCCGUCCUAUUCCCCGUCGCCGGUUCUUUCUCGGCAUACUCGACUAGGUUUCUAGAUCCCGCCUGGGGAUUUGCAAUGGGCUGGAACUAUGCCCUGCAAUGGCUCGUUGUGCUACCGCUCGAGAUCGUCGCUGCAACCUACACCAUCGAAUACUGGAAUCACGGCAGUGUGAACAACAACGCCUGGGUCGCCAUCUUUCUCGUCCUCAUCGUAGUGAUCAACUUGUUCGGCGUCAAAGGCUACGGUGAAGCCGAGUUCGUCUUUGCUAUUAUCAAAGUUGCUGCAGUCAUUGGAUUCAUCAUCCUCGGAAUCGUUAUUAACAUUGGCGGAGGACCUAAUGGCAGCUAUAUCGGGGGCAAGCUCUGGAGGGACCCUGGCGCCUUCAACAACGGCUUUAAAGGCCUCUGCAGCACCUUCGUGAAUGCCGCGUUUGCUUUUUCCGGAACGGAGCUCGUUGGACUGGCUGCAGCCGAAACAGCUAAUCCCCGAAAAUCUCUCCCUACCGCCGUCAAACAGGUCUUCUGGCGUAUCUCGCUCUUCUACGUCGUUUCGCUUUUGCUGGUCGGUCUACUAGUUCCUUACAACGAUCCGCGCCUCCUUCACAAAUCAAACAACGCCGACGCUGUGGCCUCACCCUUCGUCAUUGCAAUUGUAAACGCCGGUAUCGACGGGUUGCCCUCUGUAUUCAAUGCCGUCAUCAUGAUUGCUGUCCUUUCAGUCGGCAACUCGUCCAUCUACGGCUCCAGCCGAACGCUCGCAGCGCUUGCAGAGCAACAUCAAGCCCCCAGAAUCCUCGCCUACAUCGAUCGUCAAGGACGUCCUCUCGUCUCUAUCGCCAUUGCCUCUAGUCUCGGACUCCUUGCCUUCCUAGCCGGUGUAAAGAAAGACGUACAGGAGGCCGCAUUUAACUGGAUGCUCGCCUUGUCCGCACUCUCAGCCAUCUUUACCUGGGCCUCCAUCUGCCUCGCUCACAUUCGCUUCCGCAAAGGUUGGCAGCUACAAGGUCACACUCUCAAGGAGCUCGCGUUCAAGUCGCAGCCCGGCGUGAUUGGCUCCUGGGUGGGCUUCGUAUUCAAUAUGCUCGUGCUCGUGGCCCAGUUUUGGGUCGCUAUUGCGCCGAUCGGAUACGCUGAGAAAGCCAUCUCGAUGCGCCUGCAGGAUUUCUUUCAAGUGUACCUGGCUUUGCCGGUCACGCUGGUCUUCUACUUCCCGUACAAAUUCUACUACCGGACCUCGGUAGUUCGAUCCCAUAACAUGGAUCUCCAUACGGGUAUCCGCGAGCUGAAUCUUGAAGCGCUCAUCGAGGAGGAGCGGGAAGAGAGGAAGCAGUGGCCCAGGUGGAAGAAGAUAUACAAGUUCUUCUGCUAAGUUGCUCACUCUCUUUCUCUCUCCUUUCCUUUUGUUAGCAUUGCGGCGUUGCUCUCCUUGGAUUUAGCUAUAUAUCCUCUUUGUUAGUGGGUGUCACUGCCUUUCGACACCAGGCGGCAUGCGCGAUAGAGACCGCAUUGCGCAGCCUUGCAGAUAAUUUUUAUCUUUUUAUGAAUAGCCGUGGAUGGAUGGGAUGGAUUGGAUGAAUGGAUGGAUAGUCACGACGUCGAUGUAACUGUAGAUAUGACCGCACGCAUGGAUCUAGGAUCAGAUGAGAUGCAGAAUGAAACGAAGUUCU